AUGCCGAUGCAACCACCGAGAGACGAAUUACCGUUGGAAGUCUUCCUCCGCAACAUGAAUCGUGAUUUGGGAGUUUCUCUGUCCAAUGAGGGUGUCCUUGAUGAGAUCACCGAAGAAACCGCCCUUUUCAUCGCACCUCGUGAACUUGAAGGACGAUUCGGCGGCCCACCAGGCCCACAAUUGCACUCAAUUGAGCUGCGCAACGUGUUGAGGGUGCUCGUUGAGGCCCAAGUCACGCUUGUCGAGUUUGGAGACCAGGUCACCUACAGAUACGGAUGGCCACAGGUCCUAAAUGUGGUCAACUGGUAUCUCCACGACGAGGAGGUAUUCCGAGCCACGUUAAUCUUGCAGAGAAAUGGCUGGCCACAGGCCCAAAUCAGAGAUCACCGGUUCCAAAUGGGACGUGGGUAUUGGAGCAGGCAGAGCAGCAGCGGCCUGGCCCACUUUAUCGAUGAUUGGACUGUUGUGAUACUACUGCCAAUCUCAUCAGUUGGGAUUCGGCUUUACCAGACUGAGCGCGUGCCAUCAACCUUUGCCCCGGAGUACAGUGUUCGGACGCCGUCGUUGCCUCAGUAUGUCGCCGCGCUGAUCGAUUUUGUUCUCGCCCAUCGAGUAGGUGAUCGGCACCUCCGAUACCAAGCCGAGACAGAUCUCGUUCGGUUCAUUUUCGUCUUCCUUCUGCACGGAGAGCCGGCGCACGACGUACGGGAGGCGGAUGGCUGUAUCCUUCCUCCCGUGCGUCAAAUUGAAGGGUACGAGAGACGAGUUGCGGCGGCGAGGUCAACUGUCCGCGGGUGGGAUUGGCGCGGUCUGCCUCCAGAAUAUCUACAAAUUCUGGACCGCGCCAUCCUGGACCGCGACUACAUCAGGGCCUUGAAUUCCGUUCCCUUGAGGCAGGGAUUCGGACUGAGCACCACUGAGGAAGACCGGGAAUGGCUUGGCAUUGCGCGCGCUCAUCAUGGGCUGAGCGAGCACUAG